AUGGACGGCACGAAGCUUCCCGAGAUCCCAGCUCUCACUCUGCAUGAAGGGGUCGUAAAAGGACAAGUCGACGCCGAGCGGGUCUCCACUGACUGGCUUACCAAACUGGAACGCCGAUUUAGCGAGCAGUCCUUCGGCGACUUAUCAGACUUGUUCAUCGACAACUGCUGGUGGAGGGACAUUGUCGGGCUGUCAUGGGAUUUCACCUGCAAGCAAGGUCAAGAGAGCAUCAGCAAGUACCUUGCCUCAGCAGAACAUGGCCUCUCAGACUUGCAAACCGCCAAGAUUGGCGGGCUGAAGCCGCUGCUUCUCGACUUUGGCGGGAUGAUUUGGAUCCAAACCGGAUUCACUUUCAAAACCCUACAUGGUGAGGGGAAGGGGCUGUUGAAGCUGGGAAAUGUUGCAAAGGACGAGUGGAAAGCCUGGACUGUGUUCACGCAGCUCGAAAAGCUCAACUUUCAAAAGGAGGUAGAGGCGCAGAGGGCUGCGUCGGUUCCGCUGCCUAAGGAGCCUGUCACUAACGGCGUCAAUGGCCAUGCCAACGCCGACUCUAAAGAAGACCUUCAGGUCCUGAUCGUUGGCGCUGCCCAGUCUGGCUUGAUGCUCGGUGCACGUCUACAGCACAUGGGGAUCAAAACCCGCCUAGUAGAGAGGAGCGCCCGUCUCGGCGACUCGUGGCGAGAACGAUACCAGAGCGUAACCCUUCACACGCCAACCUACACUGACCACUGGCCCUUCAUGAAGAUCCCUGAGACCUGGCCCCGGUUCCUGACGGGAGACAAGAUUGCCGAGUUCAUGGAGCACUACGGCCAGCUCAUGGGACUUGACAUCGUCUUCAACACGGAAGUCACCAAGGUCACGUACGACGAGAAAGGCCAAAAGCACCGAGUCGACGUCCGGACGCCGGAGGGAACGCGGACGAUCUCGACACGUCAUGUGGUUCUGGCGACGGGCGUAUAUGGCGAUCAGCCCAGGAUCCCUCGCUUCCCUGGACAAGAGGAUUUCAAGGGACAGAUCUACCACGCAAAGUAUCACAGGACCGCCGGCGAGAUACCUGACAUCAAGAACAAAAAGGUGGUGGUCAUAGGCUGCGCCACGAGCGGCCACGACAUCUCGGCGGACUUUGUCACGCACGGCGCGAAAGAAGUGACGAUGGUCCAGCGACAUGCGAUUUACUCCAUCUCGCGGGAGUCGUGGGAGAACUUCAUACUUUCGUUGUGGAACAUGGAAGGGCUGAGCACGGAAGAGGCGGACAUAGUUGGAAAUGCGAUUCCACUGGCACUGAUUCGGACGAUGAGCAUUGGGUUAACGCAAGCGAUGGCAGAAAACGACAAGGCCGUUCACGACGGUCUCAAAAAGGCUGGCCUCGAACUAAAGGAAGGGCAUGACGGGUAUGGUCUGGCAGACUACCAGCUUAUCAAGGGUGGGCAGUAUUAUAUCGACCAAGGGGCAAAUCAGAUGAUCAUCGAAGGAAAGAUUAAGAUCCAGCGAUGUGAGGAGGGAGUCAGAGAGUUUCAGUCUGACGGUCUGACCUUGGCGAACGGCACCAAGCUGGAAGCGGAUGCUGUUGUGCUAGCGACGGGAUUCGAGAGCAACGUGACAACCAUUGAGAAGCUGUUCGGGCCCGAAGUGGUUGAGAAGAUUGACGGGUUUGGAGGUUUGGAUCACGAGCAGGAGCGCUCAGGGUGGUGGAGAGCGACAGGCGUGCCUGGAUUUUGGUACAUGACUGGCAGCUUCAUGUAUUGCAGACAGUUCUCUCUGCCGCUGGCACUACAGAUUGCCGCAGUCGAAAAGGGUCUUAACAAGUCAUACUACGGCGGCAGAUGA